UGUAUUCCGGAAACGAAGGCCAACUGAGAGCUCAUUCUGUUGGACUUUCAUUUCUCUACCAGGGACUGACGGAAGGCGGACGUGAACGGAUAUCUGACAUGUUAACAUGCUGGGACUUUACCCACCUAUGGACUCAUUUGAUUGAUCUUUAAACUUAAUUAAAGCCACACAGUCCGGAGCAGGUUAGAAUAAAAAAACUUCUGCAAAUAGUUAGACUAGUUUAUACCUCGAGACACCUCAGAUCGAUUAGUUUUCCUCAUCCAGGGAGCGCAACAUGAGGACAUUCCUGUGGGUGCUUAUGGUCUUAAUUGUCUCAGGUGAAGAAGUGAAUAUCACUGGUGUCUUCAAAGACAGUGUCCUCCUGCCAUGCAACUGCUCAGAGAGAACUUCGGAGUUAAAGUGGCAGAAGGACUAUCCAGACGCGAAGCUUGUGCUUAAAUCUUCAACCUUCUCUGACGAAUACAAGGACAAGGCCCAAAUAUUACUGUCUGAGAACAGCAAUAAUUGCUCUCUUCUCCUCACCAACAUCACCACGGCUGACAUGGGGAAAUACAGAUGUGCCUUUUUCACAGGCAAAGGGCAAUACAAUAAAAUAUUACUAAAUCUAGGCGUUGUAGCGAGCUACAUCGUCUGUCAAACGGAAGAUUUCCAGUGUUAUGUAUCGGGACACUACCCAAAGGCUGAGAUUCAAUGGAAACUGGACGGACAGCUUCUCACAAAUUCAUCCACAAUCCAGAUAAGCACCACAUACACCUGGGAGCCUUCUACUGGCCUCUACCAUUUCACCAGCAAACUCAAUACUACACUCAACGGGACCUUAAAACCUACAUGUGUGGUCAAGGCCGAAGACAUACCGACUCACUUGAGUUAUGACUGCGCAAAGACUGGACCCCGAAUAGGUGAUCCUCCCCCGAAACUGAGAAAUCGGUACUUCAAAAUCAUUCCUAUCAUGUUGGUGCUUGGAUUUUCCCUCGUCAUGUGGCACCGUUGGAAAUUCUCACAGAUUUCACCAACAAUAAGGGAAGUGGGGACUGACACCUUUUAGUGCUACACAUACAAGACGAACUCAACUGUGAACAUUUGAAAGCACUUUCCACCAAAUGGUGGUUAUAACCGUGGCAUCAUGCCAACCGAGACUGAAAACAGGCAGGUUACAUCUUGUAUUCAUCCCACUGAGGAAAUGGCUUGUUCUGGAAACUGACGUCCAUUUUAUGAGCUUUUAUUAGUGUUUGCAUUGUAGGUAUUUAUGUUCUUUCUUUCAAAUUCAAGCAAAAAGAGAUUGCCCAAUAUGAUAGUAAGAUUAAGUGAUGUAAUCAGUAACAAACACAGCACUUAAACAUUUAUGUUUAUUAAUCAAAUUCACUGUAUAUAUUUUUUGUUUAUAUAUAUAUAUAUUUUUAUAUACUACAACAUGAAUUUCAUCAUACAACCAUGUGCUGUAAAAUAAAAAUUAAAUUACCCCGUAUCCUUCCUCUUUGCAUUGUGGAUUCUGUAACUGUUGAACGGGAUGUGAUCACUCUAAUCUAAUAUAAUCUAAUCCAAUAAAAAUAAGAUCUACUUUUUAAUUUCUUCAAGUUACUGAAUAAAACUGAGCCAUUUAAUGAUUUCAUGUACCUUGGUAUAUAUAUAUAUAUAUAUAUAUAUAUAACUGUGACUGUUAAAUGUGAAAUAUAUUACAGCGAUAUUUACUCUUUUUAUGAUUUUAUGAACACUUUGAAAUAGUUGUGAAAAAUAUGAAUUCUGGGUUGAUACGAAACAAUUUUAUAACCUGUUAUUACUGACCAUUUUAUCAUUAAGGUGAUAUUUAUAUAGCACAAUAUUGUUCAUUUUGAUGUAACUGAGAUAUUAAAGGUCCAGUGUGUGACAUUUAGUAGGAUCUAUGGGUAAAAAUUGAAUGUAAUAUUCGUAGGUAUAUUUUCAUUAGUGUAUAAUUGCCUGAAUAUAAGAAUCGAGUAAUCAGUAACUGCCUUUGUGGUAAACUGGUUACAUUGAAUGUUUGUUUCACGUAAAUAAACAAGGUAAGGUCAUUGUAUGUAAUAUAUAGCACAUCGAGUUUCAGAGGGAACCCUGUGAUUCAAGAGAUAUGAUACCAAAAAGUAAUGCCUGUAUAUCAUCCUGAUCAACUGAUCAGCAAAACAUAAAGUUUUUGGAUGUUGUUGAACCAGGGGAACUGGGAAACACACACUGCUGGUCCAGAAGGCCAGCCCACCACUGGUCCCAUAUUCUGUGUUUGAUCAGCAGCCAUGCUUCUGUAGCUGCCGGUAUAACACACCAAAUCUGAGGCAAGCUGGAAAAGAGGAAAUUGCAAUCGUAUGUAACAGUGUGAAUAAGUGGACUGUUUCAAGGUCAAAAAAGGGUUCAAAUGAAACAAUGCAGUGGUAAUGGAAAUUAAAUGGAUCAGCCUUUAACUCGCCCAAUUAAAGCCCACGGGUCAUUUUGUACCAUUGUCUUUGUUGUUAUUUUGUAUAUUGUCAUCAUUGUUACUACGUGUUGUGUGUUCUUUCGGUGAAUUGUUUGAUGUGUGCUGAAUAAAUGUUGUCAAAGCUUA